AUGGGCAACAUGGCAACAGAGAUCGUGGCGUUCCUCCUGACCAUCUCCGGGUGGAUCCUGGUGUCGUCCACUCUGCCGACAGACUACUGGAAGGUGUCCUCCGUGGAUGGGACGGUCAUCACCACGGCGACCUUCUGGUCCAAUCUGUGGAAAACGUGUGUGACCGAUUCCACCGGCGUGUCCAACUGCAAGGACUUUCCAUCGAUGCUGGCUCUGGAUGCCUACAUCCAGGUGUGUCGGGGGCUGAUGAUUGCUGCUGUGUGUCUGGGUUUCUUCGGUGCUUCUCUGGCCUUGGUGGGAAUGAAGUGCACAAAAAUAGGAGGCUCAGAGACCACCAAGGCCCGUCUGACCGUGCUGUCGGGAUUCCACUUCAUCCUCAGCGGCCUCUGCUGCAUGACUGCAUGCUCCAUAUACGCCCACAGGAUCACAACUGACUUCUUUGACCCCCUCUUUGUUGCACAGAAGUUUGAGCUCGGAGCAGCGCUCUUCAUCGGCUGGGCUGGAUCCGUGCUCUGCAUCUUAGGAGGCCUGGUCUUCUGCCUCUCCCUGUCCGAAGGCUUCAGCAUCAGGCAGGUUGCUCGGUCUUACCCAGAAGCAUGUGACCCCACAACUGCGUACUCGUACAGCGGAGCCGCGUCGUUCGUGACGACACGCAACAAGCACAGCAAGCCGACCAACCACCCGCACAAGGAGGCGCGAGAGCCGUCGAGGCAGUUUGGAAGAAACGCCUACGUGUGA